UCCUCCUCCUCCUCCUCCCCGGGAUGCAGAACUGGUGCUGAGCUCUGACUCCUCGCCACGGACAAGUCUCGAUUAUCAUCACCAGGACACACAAGGAUCACGCACAGGAAUCUUUGCAUUUUUUUUUUCUCUCUGUGGCGAGGGGUGCUUUCUUGGAUUCUCAUUCGAAUCGAGUCUGCUGGCAGCAUGACGGAACUUGAUCUGGUCUUUUAGGGAUAAUAAUGGCCCGCUUCAAAUGUACAAUUUUACCGAGCUGAAUCUGAGCUUUCAUUCAGAGACUAACUGGAUCCACACAGCGGGAUGGAUACAAAUGAGUUUGCAGUGCUGAAACUUUUUGUUGUUGGGAUUUUGGUCAAUGCCUGGAUGGCGAAGGGCUUUUCAGCUACUGAGAGUUUGAACAUUGAACACACUUCUGCCCGGCCGAAGAGACCCUGCAAUGAGUCGCGCUUGGAGUGGGAAGUGGAAGUCUGUGGUGAAGACUUCAAGCGUGACAUGGCUCACAUAGACCCUCAGCAUUGGUGUAACCUCACUCACUUUAUCAGUGAGUACCACAUCUUUACGCUCUGCACGGAGACCAAAUCCUUCAUCGUCCACUGCUACUGGCCCAAUCCACUGGUGGAGAGCUACAUCAUCCGCAUACACAAGCACUUUUUCGCCAAUUGCACUUUGGAUCAGGUGGUGUGGGUGGACCCUCCGGACAACACGUUGACCGUCCUCAUCCUUAUUCCUGUUUUCCUCACCUUGGCUAUGAUUGCUCUUGUGGUGUGGUGCAGCAAGAGGAGCGACAACCUGGUUUAGGGGACAUCACCUGAACAUUUGUUACAGUGUUGGAAAGUUUGGGAGUUGGAUUUAGUUGGUCAUUUGAUCCGCUGGUUGUUUUAGCAAUCUAUCUUCUAAAGUCCUCGAGACAACAACAAAGUGUUCAAACAUUUCAGGGUGCCUUCACACAAGCAUCUAGUAAUCAGUUUCAUGUUCUCCUUUCGUGUGUGAGCAAAAUACAUGGUCCAAAAGGUAAAUAACAAAAUCAGCAAAGAGCCAAAAGACGUAAUAGUGACUUAUUGCACAUGUUUCCUGUUGAGCAUGUUAUCAGUUUGCAUGUUAUCUGAUAGAUGUUCGGAUUCAGAUAAUCAAGAUGUCCCCUUUAAGUGCACGCACUGACUUGCUGUUUUUUUAACUAUAGCCUGUUGGAUUGCCAAUACAAUUAAAGCUAUUGAUAAGAGACAGUUUUGUAGUCAAUUGUGCUGUUCCGCAUUCCAAUAUGUACACCAAAACAUUCUUUUGUGUUUUAAAUAUUUCUUUCCAUCAAUAAGAAAAGAGCAUCCUUGCACAGGAUUUUUUUUUUUGUGAUUCGUUUUGGUUUGUUUGGAUUUUUAUUACCAUGUUAAAAUAAAAAAACAUUAUAAAUAUGUAAAAAAAAAACAAUUUUUUCUGUCUCUCUUAAUUUAUGCCCCGAAAUAAUAUUCCACUUUUAAUAUAAAUAAAAAAAUAUAUAAAUCAAUAAAUAGGCAAAAACAUUUUUUAUCUGUCUCACUUAAUUUAAGCCCAAAGAAUAGUAUUACACUUUUACCUUGUACAAAUGACAACAUGCUUUAUCCAAAGGUUUUUUGCUGUAUAUGAAGCUGUUCAUUCAGGCACUGGUUCCUCAUCUAACUCGAGAAAGAGUUCAUGUAUAUUUGCCAAAAUUUCAAGCUAUUUAUUGUAUUUGCCUUCAAGUUACUAUACGUGCGAAACAAUAUUACCUGUUUAGGUUUGGAACAUUUCGAUGGAUGGAUGGAUUGGCCAGAUCGAGACCAGUGACCUUGGACUUUUCUUGUCAGUCAGAACACUGUAUCCUAGCUGAAGGCCAAAGUUGAUAGAACUCUUGGGAAAUAAAAUUCCCCCGUGGACAACAUUUUCACCAUACACAAAAGGAUGAAAAGGAACCCAAACUUGGACUUAAAGGGAUUCUUUGUUUCCACACACUGCCGAGUUACUCAAGGGACAAGUCGUCACUGGAAAGGACAACAAACACGAGACAACAUUAGAAUUCAACCAUUUUUUUGUGGCUGUUUUAUGACUGAUCGCGAUGAAUAAAAUACUGUUCGUACACUGAGAA